GUAACGGCUGCUAACGGCUCCCCCCGGUUGGUUCCGUGAGGAGGAGCUGUUUCUCAACCACCACGGGAAGUAAAGGAGGCGUUCAGUGUUAAUGAAGCUGGUCUCGUGUCAACUAAUGGCCCAGAAGCGACGGACAAAGUAAAGUCAUCACUUCUUCACCUCUAAAGUCUUAAACGGUCACUUUUAAACUACUUAUUUUUUAGUUUCAACAGCGGGACACAGUGCGUAGCAGCAACGCCCCGGGGCUGAAAUUAAGCUCUCACUAUGUCUGAUGGGGAGUAUGAUUACCUCAUAAAGUUCCUAGCCCUCGGUGACUCUGGCGUGGGAAAAACGAGCUUCCUCUACCAAUACACAGACUGCAAGUUCAACUCGAAGUUCAUCACCACAGUUGGAAUAGACUUCAGAGAAAAAAGAUUGGUAUACAAAUCAACAAAUCCAGAUGGAUCUUCAGGUCGAGGACAGAAGAUCCACAUGCAGCUGUGGGACACUGCAGGACAGGAGAGGUUUCGGAGUUUGACGACCGCGUUCUUCAGAGAUGCAAUGGGUUUCCUCCUCCUGUUUGACCUCAGUAAUGAACAAAGUUUCCUCAACGUCAGAAACUGGAUGAGUCAGUUACAGAUUCACGCAUACUGCGAAAGUCCAGACAUCGUUUUAUGUGGCAACAAAUGUGACCUGUCAGAUCAGAGAGCCGUCCGUGAAGAAGAGGCCCGUGAGUUGGCAGAGAAGUACGGAAUCCCAUACUUUGAGACAAGUGCUUCAAACGGGCAGAACGUCAACCAGGCCGUGGACGUCCUGCUGGAUCUUAUCAUGAAGAGGAUGGAACGGUGUGUCGACAAGUCCUGGAUCCCUGAUGGGACCGUGAGAGCUAAUGGAGCCACCAACCCAGACCUCUCAGAGGCCUCCGAUAAGAGCAAAUGUGCAUGUUAGAGUUAAUGAUGAACGUUUCGUUGUCUGUGUCCGCAAUACUGGAGAAAAAAUAGGAAGACAUCCAAGUUUAACAUUUAAAGUGUGCAAGUAUAUAUAUAUUGUAUUCUAUGUCAGGUGAAACUUGACAUUAUUUGUUUCCAUUGCUCCACAAAGCAGUGCAUUAUUAUAUAUAUAUGUAUUUGUCAGUACAGAGAUAAGUACGGAAGAGUGUUAGGGGCCAGGCAUUAGAGGAAGACUUUAAAAUAAAUAUUAAGAGAAAAAUGUGGAGAAUGUGGAGAAUAAACUUGACAUUUCAAGUCAAACUUUUGAGAAUAAAUCAAUGUUGUGAAUAAAUGUAUCUUUAAUCCUGACAUUUUAAAUUUAUUUUCAACAUUUUGACCUAAUUUUCUUUCUUAUGCCUGGCCCUAAUACUCUUCUGUAGAUAAGUGCCUUUUGAAUGUGGGCAUUUCAUUUGAAUUCACAUAAUGGGUCUUUUGAAAUAUUAAUUAAUAUUGGACUGUGGGAUAUUUAUUUCUAAUGAUGAAAUGUUCAACUCAAGUCAUCAGUUGGAUAUGCUGAUCAUAUUUUCAGGUAUAAACUUUGUGCUCCAAGUUGCAGCAAAGUCAGCUGCCCUGCCAGAUGUGCCAUAAAUAUACUUUUAAUACUCUUAACUUGCUGUAAGAUUAGCGUAGAUUCACACUGUUUCCCUUUCACUUCAUACAUAAAUAUUGACUGAUAUUUGCAGUCACGGUUUACUGAGAUUUUCUAUUAGGAAACUUACUGAUGCCGCGCUUAAUGUCCAGCUGAAUACUGGAAUCUCUCCGGUGCCACAGCCAGUAAACAUGUUGCUCACAUUAAUCAUCUAAUGUUCGCUAGAUGGGAAUUUAACACUCAUGUAUUUUCUUUUCUAAAUCAAUGUUUGUGCUUGUUUUUCUCCAAAACUGGAAUUAUAGAAUACAAUUUGACUAAGUGAUCGAAACUUCUUUAUGUACGACAUAAUUACAAAAAUUGAUGCUGAGAUCUUAGAUACUCAUUUGCCCAGGCCCCAGGAUGAUCAAAAUAUAAAGAAUUUAUAUAUUUCAUCUGAAACAAUGACCAUCUUACAUGGACAUUUCACACAGCAUAAGCUUAACUAUAAGUGUGUGACUAUUGUUUAGACUGCCAUCUACUAAAUAAAUGUAUUAUAAUGUAUUCAAGGGCUAGUGAAAAGAGCCGUUAGGUGCUAGAGGAUGAAUUUUCUAACCCUCAGUACAUUAUUGGAUGGAGAGUGUUUUAUUUCAGGAUUCAGUGUGACCAUGUUAGCGAGUAGGCUGUUGAAUUUGUUCAUUUUUUUUAAACUACUAAGCCCAGGUUUUAUAUUGGCAAGUUUUAUAAGUAAGGCAAUAAGAUGGGUUCUGCAUUUCAAUUUACUUUUGUAGUGUGCAUUUCAAAUCCUAAUGCUCACCCUUUCAGAUCAUUUAUAGUUCUAUAGAUUUAGAAUACCACUAAUAUUUAAUAAAAUUAAGAGUAUUUACACUUAGUUAAACACUGGAAUGGUAUUGUGAGAUCUUUUGUCCCAACUGUAUUAGUUUCACACACAAAUCCAAGUUUUUUGUAUUAUUUGUAAAGGGUGAAAGUGAUGUUUUAAUUAAGACACACAAGUAUAUUUUUCCACUCACUUAUAAUCAACAGAUUUGAAAAAUUACAACUAAAGUUUAAUUUGAUUAUAUUAGUAGGACUACGUUGACAUAUUUUAAAGUGUGCCUUACAGUUUCUUAUGCAAAAUAUAUAAAUCAUGUCCAAAAAUAAACCGUUUUAUUUAUGUA